CGGGGCGUUACAAGUGUAUGUAUACAAGACUUGUGUGUAGAAUAGCGUGCAGGACACGUUCGGUCGUAUGCUUCCCGGCGCUGACGGACAAUUAACUUGAGAAUGGAAGGAGAUUAACGACGGAUACACCAACACCAUAACCCGAUACCAUCUGCACUGCUGCGUCCGUGGGAACUACUGCAUAAUUUGGGGAUCAUCAUAUCCAUUCAGACAUGGGUGUUUCUUUUGCGUUGGAAUUCCUGAUCAGUUCUUGUGCUUGUCAUGAUAUCCACGGCUGAUGUUUUGGGUUUAUAGACAUAUUUUCCCAUGAAUAAUUUGACUAUCUACUAACUUAGGGAAGUGUUAAUACUAUUUCGAUUACUUUAAAUUUCGAUGCUGGAUGCUGUUUUGCCAAUAUGUUACAACAAGACAAUAUGGUUGCAUCCCUUUUUCUUAAAACAUCCCUAACACUCUGAUCACAAACAAAAGUUCAAUGAUUUAAUUUAUACUAAAACCAAGGGAAGAUACCCCAGAAGGGCGGAGAAUGGCUUCGAAGGAGCGUUUAUAUGAACUGUGGAUGUUGUAUUACACUAAGAAAGACCUAGGCUACCUGCAGCAGUGGCUGGAGGCGUUUGUGACGUCCUUCGAGAAGCUUCUAGAUGUGCAGUCACUGGAGCCUCGUCGGCUGGAGGAGGGCUGUGAGGAGGUGCCCCUCCUGCCCAGGGAUGCUCUGGUGUUGCUCAGUGCUCAGCUGGGGCACAGCGCCCUGUACCUCUCCGGGGGGGCUGAGCGGAACAGCCCCCACCCCCUGCUGCUCAUCAGGUUCUUCAUCAUCGUCUGCAGGAAUAUGGAAAACAUUGACCCAGAGAAGACCCCGGGCUUUGUCUUUGAGACCAUUAAGCUUUUAAACUUCUGCUUGGUUCAGCUGAGGAAGCAGUCUGAGGAUCAGAGGUCCCUCCGGGUGGUGGUUCAGCAUGGUCUGCUGCUGUUGGAGAGUCUCUUCGACCCCCAUCAGACGUGGAGGAGACGCCUGGCUGGGGAUGAGGUGAGCAUGAUGGAGAGGAGCAAGUUUAAGUUCUCGGCUCUUCAUUUACCAGAGGAGCUUUCUGCUCUAUUCCAUGACAGCCUGCAGGACAGCAGACAGAUCCCAGAGUUUCUCACUUUGCGAUUCGUCCAUCUGCUAGGAGCUGUCAUCUGUGGCAGCAAGAAGAACGGCCUGCUCUCCAUCACCCCUCAGUCUGUGGAGGACCUGCUCUCCGUCCUUCGCGCCUGGUGCCUUUGCACCUCUUCCGACCCCAAGGACCCCGGAUUGAUACGGCUGACCCUGCAGUGCCUGACUGCAAUGGUGCACAUCCUUCACUCCAGCAGUCCUCCAGAGCGCCAGCUUGAGAUCAGGACCCUGCUGGAUGGCUACUUCCAGGUCCUGAACUGGAACCGUCCUCCUGGGUUGGGAAGCAAGCAGGGGGAGGGGCCAUGCUGGGAGGACCGCCUUAUCACCCUGCAGAGUCACAUGUUGACCGCGGUGCCGGAGAUCCUGCGAUGUUCAGACAGGCCGGUGCUGCAGGCCGUCUUCCUCAACAACAACUGCUUCGAACACAUCCUCCGACUCAUCCAGAACAGCAAGCUGUAUCAGAGCAACAGGUGUAGUUCGGAGGGUGAGGACGCGUGUGACCCCACCACGUGUUUGCUCACAGACACAGAGGUGGAAGUGGAGCAGGUGUUGGAGAAAGGUCCGGACUGUAUCACGGUCCGCGCCCUCGGAGUCCUCACAGCAAUCAUGAGUAACUCCCCGUCAGCCAAGGAGGUCUUCAAGGAGAGGAUUGGCUACUCCCAGCUGUUUGACGUGCUGAAAAGCCAAGGUCAGCCCUCCAAACGACUGCUGCAGGAGCUAAUGAACAUGGCGGUGGAAGGUGAACAUUCCCAUGCCAUACACCUGGGGAUCAGUAACGACCAGCCCCUGCUGCUCCUCCUACAGUGGCUGCCUGACCUGGCUCCUCACAGGGAGCUGCAACUCCUCGUGUCCCAGUGGCUGGCUGCCGUGUGCGGGGGCUCCCGUACCUGCCAGACUGUGGCCGUGGAGGCCGGCCUGGUGGGGGUUCUACUCGGCGUCCUGUCCCAGCCAGAGAAAUUGGACCGGCAGUGUGCUGACGCCCUGCUGGGGCUGCUCCAGGAACUGGGUUCUCUCUGCCUGAGGCCCGCUGAAUUAAAGAGCCUGCUGAAGAUGCUCCGACACCCAGAACAGCCUGCGGUGACUGCUAAACGGAACAAGACACACCCUUACUGCGCCCGCAUCAUCCGGGUGCUGUCAGCCAUAGCGGCCCGGGAGGGGAGGGACAGCGCCCUGCAGUACUUCGACCUCACCCACCCCCUGGCCGGCAUCAUGGUGCCCCCGGUCCAGCGCUGGCCGGGCAACGGGUUCGCCUUCCACGCCUGGCUCUGUCUCAACACGGACUUCCCAACACACCACUCAGAGCCCUCCGGCGGGCCGGGGGUGAUGUCCCGGGGGAUGGGCAAAGGCCCGCGCAGGAAACAGCUCUACAGCCUGUUCACAGCCAGCGGUACUGGUCUGGAAGCCUUCUUCACCGUGGAGGGGGUCCUGGUGGUGGCCGUCUGCACUAAGAAGGACUACAUGGCCGUGUCCCUGCCUGAACACCCUCUGUCGGACUGCCGCUGGCACUCUGUGGAUAUAGUUCACAUAUCCGGCCGGCGUCCCUUCGGUCAGAACCUGGUGACUGUCUACAUCGAUGGAGAGCAAUGCAAGACAGGCCAGCUCCGCUUCCCCUCCCUCAACGAGCCGUUCACUUCCUGCUGUAUUGGUUCGGCCGGCCACCGUACAACCACCACCAACACCACAAUGACUUCCCCAACCCUGCCUCCCCCCUCCCUCCCGCCGACCGAGAUGGCCUUCCCAGCCCACGCUCCCCCCAUCACCCGCUCCCAGUCCUUCCCAGCCUCCUUUGCGGCGGGCCGCUGGGGAUCCAGUCAGCUACGUGACAUCCACCGUGAGGCCCCCAUCCACACCAUCCCAGCGGGUCUGCAGGACACUGAGUGGGGCACGCCCACCUCUCUUGACGGGCUCCUGGGGACUGCCUUCAUCUGCCACGAGGUCCUCCAGCCGGCACACACUAAAGCCCUUUACGCCGCCGGCCCCAACCACGUGUCCCUGUUCAAGGCGGAUGGAGAACUGUCAGACCUCAACAGUAAACUGCUCCUCUAUUACACUCCCCAGGCCUUCAAGAGUCAGAUCUGCGUGGACCUGUCCCCUAACCACCAGUAUGACGGACGUCUGACAGGACACCGGGUGGUGAACUGGGACCUGAAGGACGUGUUGAACACAGUGGGGGGUAUGGGAGUGUUGCUCCCCCUCCUGGAGCAGGUGUGUGAGGCGGAGCAGGCGGAGGGAGGGGGUCAGGAGACGUCAGAUCUGCUGGGACCAGAACUCACGUCCUCCUUCUCCAAAGGACCCGCCAGCAUGCUACUGCCACUGGGAAAGACCUCCGAUGGUCGUCUCGAGAAGAACAGUGUGGCAGCCUUUCUGCUGAUGGUGAAGAAUCUGAUCUGUCACCACCCAGUCAACCAGGAGAGCCUCCUGCAAUGCAAUGGACCCGCAAUCAUAGGGGCAAUGCUCACUAAGGUUCCAGGAAGUAUGAUGGAUAUGAAUGUUCUGAUGGCGUGUCAGUUCCUGUUGGACCAGGUAUCCAGAGAGGGGAAUAGCCAGUUGCUUCUGCAGCUCUACCAACACCUGCUCUUUGACUUCCGCAUCUGGAGUGCCAGCCAUUUUGCUGUGUGUCUGGGCCAUGUCCAGUACCUGUCAUCAGUGAUCAGGGAUGGCAAGCAGCGCAUGAGGAGGAAAUAUGGAGUACAGUACAUCCUGGAUACCAUCCGGACACACUACAAUGUGGAGAGAGACGGCAGCCCUCUGUCAGAUGAGAAGCAGACUGUUCAGAUCUCCUUGUUUUCUCUGCUGAAGGACUUCCUCCUCAAAUCUCCAAAUACUGAGGAGUUGCACACCCUCCUGGCAUACACACUCACUAUAGGAGAGGAGCAACAGGUUACGAGUGCGUUGGAUGUGCUUUACAAUCUCCUGAAGAGCUCCCCACCCAGGGAGCAGGUCCUGACUGUUCUGUUGGAGUGGGGGGUGGAGCAGCUCUAUUGCCUGUUACUCAAACCCAGCUUUGGAGACGAGGCCCGUGAGGGAGUGUUCAAGGUUCUGUACGAGGUCCUGGCGAGCGAGCGGGUGUCCGAACGCACCAAGCACCGAGUCAAGUUGAAGGAUGUGGGAUACCAGGGCCUGGUCUGUUUCCUACGAGAAAUUCCUGUCACCCCGAGCACUGUGUGCAGCCUGUACAAGCAGGUCCUACGUACAGAUGCUACUCCUAACUUCAGAGACAUCCUGUCUCUUGUUUAUCUGUCCCACCGUGAUGAACUUACUGUCCGUCUGGAGAUCUGUCGUAAGCUCUUCCACCUGAUUAACGGAAACGAGGACUAUGUGCGCCAGUUGGCCCGUCAGCCCGGCUGGCAGGACUUGUUGACAAAGCUCUACGUGAAGGAGUCCUAUGAGUCCCGCACCACCAGCCUGGCCGGAUCCAGCCCCCAGAGCUCGUUGGACCCCUCACCCUCCUACAGCUCCCCCCGCCCCCCCCUCGGGAGGGAACACAGUGUGCUAGAGGACGCCCAUGACACCCACACCGACGUCUUCCUCCGUUACCCCUCGCGGGACGAGGAAGAGGAGGAUGGAGAUGGCGACAGUUCGGGGGGAAGAGGGAGGUUCAGUGAGUCGCUCCACUUCAAGCUGUUCGACCCGGUGGAGCAGAACAGCCACUCGUCUUUCCUGUCCAACACCGUGGACGUCCCCUCCUCCCCCGCCCGGCCCGAGGAGGAAGGCCCGUACCACCCGCUUUCCCCAUUCGGCACCUCACCCUUCGAGCUGGAACUGGUAGGCGAGGCGGGGACGGGAACAGGGACGGGGUCUCACACUUCGGGCGGCGGCAGCCAGGCAGACACCCCCUCUCCCCUGGAGUACAGCCGGCCGUUCCCCCCGCUGAGACCCAGGAAAAGCUCCAGCCUGUCCAACGUACUGGACGACGCCAGCUAUGGAACUGACACCCGGACAGCUGACACCAUCUCCAACACCUCAAACCCACAGCAGGCGCCAGAGGAGGAGCUGUGUAACCUCCUCACGUUCAUCGUGUUCUCGGUGCUGUGGCGUGGCAGCGGGGCAGACGGGGGGGAGGACGCCGUGUGGCGGGAGCGGGGACAGGUGUUCUCCGUCCUAACCAAGCUGGGCUCCUCCUGCCAACUGGUCCGUCCGCCCGAUGACAUCAAGCGCAGUCUGUUAGAGAUGAUGUUGGAGUCUUCUCUGUUGGACCUGCAUGUCUCCCAGGGUGUGUUUCUGCCCCACUGCCCCAGCUUGGUUCGCCUACUCAGGCUGCUUCAGGACUUCCUGUUUGCUGAGGGAACAGACAACCAGACACUGUGGAGCGAGAAGAUCUUUGAGGGCGUGGGGAACCUGCUGGAAAAACUAGAGGCGUGGAACAGUUCGCCUGGUGCCUCCGGGAACCUGGAGCUCAGAGAGAUGGCUCAGAUUAGCCUGCGGAUCAUCACAGGCUACGUACAACAGCCAGACUCACAGGUGUUUGAGAUGGCGUGUCUUAAACUCCACAGCCUUCUACGGGGGGGUCUGUGCCUGGGAUGGGAUGAGGUGUGCUUCCUGCUGGGGCGUCUGGGAGCGCCCCUGUGGCCCAGCGGUGUAACAGAGACGCGGCCCAACGGCGAGCGCGCGAAAGCCUUCUCCCAGCUGGUACCCAUCGUGCGGACCCUACUGGACCAGCACGCUGACCCGGUCACCCUGCAUGGAUUGGUGCCCAGUCUGCCAGUCACUAAUGGAAGCCCCAACUCUGCCCAGGACCUCCAGAGCUACUGCCACACAGUGGAAUGGCUGGACUUUUACCAGCGACACGUGCAGCCCACCAUGGAGCAGUAUGAACUGGACACGUUUGGGAAGAGCCAUGACCUCAUGUCUAACUUCUGGAACUCGUGCUUUGAUGACCUGAUGAGUACAGCUAUACGGCGGGAUAAGGAGCGGGCAGACAGCAAGGCCAAGUUCCAGGAAUUGUUAAUGGAUCCGUACCUGAAGCGGAUACGCAGCGAGAACAGCCGCUACCACAGUGGGCAGAAACAGAGCUCAGGCCAGCAGGGGGUGGUGUGGCGCCACUGGAGAUCCCUCCGCAGGCUGCUCACCAGCGAGAGAGGCGCCUGGGCACACAGAGUCCCACCAGAGGUGAAAUGGAAGCUGUCCAGUGCGGAGACCUAUUCUAAGAUGCGGUUGAAACUCGUGCCUAACUACCACUACGACAAUCAUCUUGAUGCCAGUGCCUCCAGAGACAAUAUGGGAGCUGAUAGCCCUCGCAGCUCAGAACCACUACCACUGGCCGUUGCCAAGGAGGCCAAAGUGUGUGACAUGGAAGACGACCAGUUAGGGGAAGAAGACAUUGUCUUUCUGGACAACCAGGUGGAGGGUGAGGAUGAGAGUCAGAAGGAGAAGCUGGUUCUGUCGGAGGACUGUGAGCUCAUUACAAUUGUGGCCGUGGUUCCGGGCCGGUUGGAGGUAACUACACACCACCUGUACUUCUACGAUGGCAGCAGCGAGAAGGAGGAGACCGAAGAGGGAAUUGGAUUUGAUUUCAAGCGGCCUGUGUCUCAGCUGAGAGAGGUCCAUCUAAGGCGAUACAACCUGCGUCGCUCUGCCCUGGAGCUCUUCUUCAUCGACCAGUCACACUACUUCAUCAACUUCAAGAAGAAGGUGAGGAACAAGGUGUACUCCAGAAUCCUGGGGUUGAGGCCCCCCAACCUGUUUUAUUUUGGUUCCCGGUCUCCUCAGGAGCUUCUUAAGGCUUCUGGACUCACACAGAGAUGGGUUUGCAGAGAGAUUUCAAACUUUGAAUACCUGAUGCAACUGAACACCAUCUCUGGGCGCACCUACAACGACCUCUCCCAAUACCCCGUGUUCCCGUGGGUUCUGUGUGACUACACCUCCUCGGUUCUGGACCUGGAUAACCCGGCCGUGUUCAGAGACCUGUCCAAACCCAUCGGGGUGGUCAACCCCCGCCACGCACAGAACGUCCGGGAGAAGUAUGAGAGCUUUGAGGACUCGACGGGGACCAUCGAUAAAUUCCACUAUGGCACACACUACUCUAACGCCGCCGGAGUCAUGCACUAUAUGAUACGCAUGGAGCCCUUCACCACCCUUCACAUCCAGCUGCAGAGUGGCAGGUUUGACUGCGCGGACCGGCAGUUUCACUCCGUGGCGGCGGCCUGGCAGGCCCGGAUGGAGAGCCCCGUGGACGUCAAGGAGCUCAUCCCGGAGUUCUUCUACUUCCCAGAGUUCCUGCAGAACAUAAACGGGUUCGACCUGGGCAGUCUGCAGAUGACCCAGGAUCCGGUGAACGAUGUUCUGUUACCACCAUGGGCUUCAUCCAGAGAAGACUUCAUCAGGAAACACCGGAAAGCUCUGGAGUGUGAACAUGUGUCCUCCCACCUCCAUGAGUGGAUUGACCUGAUAUUUGGCUUCAAGCAGAGAGGAGAGGAGGCAGUGGAAGCUCUCAACGUCUUCUACUACUGCACCUAUGAAGGUGCGGUGGACCUGGACGCCAUAGCCAACGAGACGGAACGUAAGGCCUUGGAAGGGAUUAUCAGUAACUUUGGCCAGACCCCCUGCCAACUACUGAAGGAGCCCCACCCCCCUCGUAUGUCGGCAGAGAGUGCAUCUCGGCGUCAGGCCCGCAUGGAUACUCUGCCUCCCAACCUCUUUGAGCAGCUUGACAAACUGCGGUCUUUUGUGGAGGUGGUGUGUGACGGUCUGCCCCUGGUCCAAGCCGUGGUACCCAGGAACCAGAACCGCUCUUUCAUCAUCCCGGGAUCUGAUGUACUGGUGACUGUGAGUUUGAAUGGUCUGAUAGGGACCCACAGCUGGCUGCCCUACGAUAAAAACAUUGCCAACUACUUCACCUUUACCAAAGACCCGACUGUGGCCAACCCUAAGACCCAGCGGUUUCUGAGCGGUCCCUUCUCUCCAGGGGUAGACAUCAGCUCCCAGGUGUUGGUGGUGUCCAACGACGGACGUCUGCUGUUCAGCGGAGGCCACUGGGACUGCAGCCUCCGUGUUACCCAGCUUGGCAAGGGCAAGCUAGUGGGCAGGAUCUGCCGGCACAUCGAUGUGGUAACCUGCUUGGCUCUGGAUCUCUGUGGCAUCCACCUCAUCUCUGGUUCCCGGGACACGUCCUGUAUCGUGUGGCAGGUCGUGCAGCAGGGUGGGUUCUCCAGCGGUCUGUCUCCUCGUCCAGUUCAGGUCCUCUGUGGGCAUGACCAGGAGGUCACCUGUGUGGCUAUCAGCACUGAGCUGGACAUGGCUGUCUCUGGGUCAAAGGAUGGUACUCUGAUAGUGCACAGUGUUAGGCGGGGCCAGUUCCUCCGUACUCUGCGUCCAUUUGGGGAGGUUUGUCUGCCCGCCCGGGUCACUGAGCUGCAGGUGGGUAUGGAAGGGCACAUUGUGGCCCAGACAGCCCUGGAAGGACGCACCGCUGGGAUGGAUAAGUACUUUCUCAAUGUCUACUCUGUGAACGGCUCUCUGCUAUCGUCUGUCAGCCUGGACGAACAGGUGACUGCUCUCUGCCUCGUCCCCGACUACAUCAUCCUGGGGACACAGCAGGGAAGGUUACACAUCAGAGACUUGCACAGCCUGGAGCUAGCGGUGUCUCCACUAGCGUUGAAGGUUGCUGUGAGGAGUGUGUCGGUUACUAAAGAGAGCAGCCACAUCCUGGUUGGCCUGGAGGACGGCAAGCUCAUCGUGGUGGGGGCUGGGAAACCAGCAGAGGUGCGAUCAGGGCAGUUCUCCCGACGUCUCUGGGGCUCAACACGCCGGAUCUGUCAAGUCUCCUCGGGGGAGACAGAGUAUAACCCCACAGAGACUUCUGGGAAGUGAGAAAGUGCCACGGAAACGGACUGGAUGCGAUAUUAUCUCCCAGAGGCAUGUCCGCUGGUUAACGGUUAACACUCCCAUGGCACUCUGAUCCUGUAAACUCCCCUUUGGUUUCCGGUCACGAGCCGUGCACUCUCCGAAUAAAAACCCAUUGGGGACACCAGCAGUUGAUUUGCUGGAUCAGAAUGUGCGGACAUUGGGCCUUUGUGACUGGUGUCAGAGCCCAACCAGACAUUUACUGGAUUGUCUUAUUACCUACUGUAAUCUACUGCCUUGCUGACAUCUGUGGGUCCAAGCCUCGGAGCUCUCUCCCAGAGAGCCACGACAAACCAAGCACUUUUUUCUACAAAAGGGAAAAGAAAAUAUAUAUUUUGUGAAUUUUGGGGGAUUUUAGGUGGUUUUAUACUUUUUAAAAAGGCGUCAUUCCAAAGAUUUCUCGUGGAGGAGUCCUUGUUCCACACGAUUCCUGACCUGAUGUUACUGUGUUUAUCAAGGCCAGUUGUGUGGGGCCUGGCACGUUGACUAAAACUCCUUGAAACUUGAAAUGUGUGUAUGUUGCAAGAGAUUUCCAUUCUGAAGUACCAGUGUAUACCACAAGAGGGUUGUCUCUCCCUCUUCUCUGCAUGUGUGUAGUCCUGCUGAAAACAUGAAGCAAUAACCAUGUGUAAUGGUCAAGACCACGCUGGUAAAGUAUGUGUUAUUUGUAUUGUGAUCUCCCCAUUCAUGCUUGAUAGUGAUGUUCACUAGCAGUUGAUCUAAGUCUGCUGUUGCCUUAAAUGGGAGUAAACUGAUGUAUACCAUGUACAUAUUUCCUGUAUGUGCUGGUUUGAAUAUACAUUUUCAUUGUGAACUCUGUUACUUUUGUUUGCUUGUUAUUAAUAGUGUUUUCCUUUUGUUCUUUUUAUUAAUCGUUCAUAUGGUAUGUCACUGGUAUGCCCCUCCUUUUCAGAUAAGAAUGCUUUUGUGUGUUAUUUUAAUUUUUCUAAACUUUUCGGGUAAAUGCCUUUUGCCUUGCGUCUUUGGCUGGAGCAGUGAUUUGCACAAUUCAAAGACCACCUAUUCCUUUUUCUGCCUACAUCUGUCUAGUGUCAUUCGCCUGCAUUCCCCUGUUUUCUUUGAUCUGUCUAUUCCAGCUUACCUCGAGUAGUAGGUCUAUGUUCAGCACACUUGGGUAGUAGGUCUAUGUUCAACACACUCUGGUAGUAGGUCUAUGUUCAGCACACUUGGGUAGUAGGUCUAUGUUCAACACACUCUGGUAGUAGGUCUAUGUUCAACACUCUUGGGUAGUAGGUCUAUGUUCAACACACUUGGGUAGUAGGUCUAUGUUCAACACUCUUGGGUAGUAGGUCUAUGUUCAACACACUUGGGUAGUAGGUCUAUGUUCAACACACUUGGGUAGUAGGUCUAUGUUCAACACACUUGGGUAGUAGGUCUAUGUUCAACACACUCAAGUCUUCAUAAAGACCCAGAUCCUCCACACCAAAUCUGCAUUUAUAACUUUUAGUGUUUUGUUUGGUUUGUACACUGUCAGAGUCCCUUGUCUGUUAGGGGAAGGGUUUCCAAACUGUGGUUUGGGAUUCAACUAUGUAUGGAAUAACAUUUCUGUAAUAUAGAAAGGGUGCAGAACAUAUAUUAGACAUAAAUAUAUUUUUUAUUACCUCAGAAAACUUACAAUCACCAAAAUAAAACUGUGAUAAUCAGGUACCAAUAUAUUUUGUUAUAAUGUUUGAGAAUAAAAUAUAUACAGUUAGCUUAUAAGCUGCACCAUUUUCGCCCAGCUUUAUGGCAACAUUUAGAAUUGUAUCCUCUGCAAGAGAAGGAUGUCAGACAUUUAUGUAUAGGGCCCAUUGAUGCUCAAAAGACCCACUUUUUUUUUUACCAAUUUCAUAAUUUUACAGCCAAUCUUUUAAGCAAUUUUUUUUAAAGGAGUGCAUGUUUUUUUCACCACUCGAAUCUUAUGGUGGAUCGUGACCCACUCAAAAAACACCUGAACUUGGGUUAGGGGUCACAAAGCAACCCAUUUUGGGAACCCCCAGGACCAGAGCAUGGACAGACUAUUUAACAUUCACACUGGUAUGUAUUAUAUGUUCCUGAAGCACUGAACCCUUUUGAACCUGAGAUGUCCGAUUCCCAAAUGGUGCCCUGGUCCCUAUACAGCACACUACUAGGGAUCCAUUUGGGAUCCACGCAUCGCGUCUGUGAAACACAUGGGCGGAAAUACAGACUGGGCUCCCAAUGAGCCAGUAUAGUGGAAUGUACUUCCUGUGAGAAACCCUCUUGUUGCGGUUUUGGUUUGGAAAAACGCUAUUGUUAUGCACUGUCAUGAUGGGAUAGAAGAGAAACACAGGUUGAGUCCCAAAUAACACCCUGUUUCAUCUGUAGUGCCCCUUGGGUCCCAUAGUUCCUGGGACAAAACCAGGGUUCACCGUGUUUCGGCAAUAGGGGGCCAUUUGGAACUCAGGAACAAAGACAAAGGGAAACGUUUAGACAAUGGCAACAAAAUGGCGCCUACAUACCACAGCCGUCCUAUUGGACUGCAAUCCAUGGUUGUAAAUAGAGUGACUGUAAGAGAAAGGGAGAAUAUUGUUGUAUUCCGGCCCACCAGCCAGCUCUGAGCCUGGGAACAAGGUUGACGUCGCUGUGACUUGGAUGGGGGUUUUCUAGUCUGUCGUUACUGGCAGGGUUACAGUGAAACGUCUGAUUUAGAUUUUUGUUAUGAAAAAUAUGGCUGUAAGGUUGACCUGAGUCUUUGGGUUUUAAAAAGGUGUCUCUGUUGCAUGCAGGAACGGUUUGCCUGUUUGUUUUAUAGUCUACUGUAUUUUGUCUAUUUUAUCUUUAUUUGCUACAGGCCCAUUGUCCUAAGCUGUUAAUGCACAUGUUUCAUUUGUUUUCUUGUUUGAUUGAUGGGCGCUCAUUUUGUAUCUUGUCAUGAAUGUGAAAUGGAUUAGCUGAUCUAUGCAGUGAUGGAAUCUGUCCCAAAUGACAUCCGGUUAAUUUGUAUAUACCUAUGCUCUUCCUAUUGGGUCUGUUUUCUGAAUCGGUUGUCAGCCUUUUUUUUUCUGGAUGAUCUUUCAUGGGGCCUGGAAUCAAAAACGAAUUGCAAGUAGUGUGCUACAUUGGCAAUAGGGUGCCAUUUGGGAUGCGUAACCAUAUUAUACCUGUAUACAGUAUAUCAGAGAUCUGUGACCUAAGUGUCGUCAUGUACAAUCAGCACAGUCCGGCUUCUGUGACUCCAGGGAUGCCUUGUUUGUGGAGCUUUUUGACUACUGUUGUGGUGUUUUAAUGUUCUUCUGAGAUAUUACACAAAUGUGUUAAAUUCAA